AGCGGAUGUGGGAGGAGGAGCCUUGAGGGCGUAUUAUGCAGAUAUCCCACCAAGCCCGGCCUCUUCCAUCCCUGGCUAUCUGCCUGCCCAGUAUUGGAGGAGACUAUUGUUAGCCGCCAAAGUUGCAACUCCAGGAAAUUGACUAAGGGGGCCAAGCGCUCUUUUCUCGCCCGCGAAGGCGCAGCUGGAGGAAGAACAGAACGGAAACUUUGUCGCGCGCCGAGAGCGGAAGGAAAAGCUGGUCUCUACAGCCUGGGGACAGGAUGUGUGGAAGUGCUGAAUGAAACUGCAAUGUGACCUACUUUUUUUCCAAGGCUUGUACCACCCCCUGACACCCCUCAGCUCUUUGCAGAAGCAACGAUGAAACGGCGCAAGUGAGUCUCGCUCCCGCCUUUUUCCCGCCCUUCCCCGGGAGGUUAUUCCACCACGCCACCCUGCAUCAAUCUGCCUUAUCAGUGACUGCGGGGAUGUCCAAUGCAGCAAGGGAUGACUUUGAAGCACAACACCUCCGCCUGCAGGAGGAGGAGGAAGAUGAGCUCGAGAGGCGUGCAGAUCUGGACGGAGACCCCAGUGUGGGAAGAAGCAGGCUUGUGGGGAGCCUGGAUCGGCAGGGUGUCUCUUCUCCUCAGGAGGUCCUGGAGGAUGUUGAACAUCUGGAAGAGCUUAAGAGCAACCAGGAAUUUUUGGCAGAAUGCAACUGGGGGUCUGACUUGGGUGAACGUCAGGACUUCGAAUGUGCAGGGGCAACCAGCCCUGGGAAUCCUGCAGACCGACACAAACAUCUAGAGGACAAUGGGAGCCCCAAUGAUCAAGGUCCAAUUUCCUACUGGCAUCCACAGAGAGACCAACUUUUGGGUGCCCCAGAAGAUGACCAGGAUCCAGGCAGCUCCCAAGAUCUGGAGAAACAAGCAGGGGAGUUGGAUGCUAGCAGUGAGGGAGAGACCUACCCAGAGCUCUCAUAUGAGGUUCAGUACGGCUCAGAGUAUAGCACCAGUCCUGAGGCACUGAGAGACCCACAGGCCUUGUACAAGAGCAGCAAAUCCUACAGUUUUAUCUCAGAAGGUGGAGAAGAGUUUUCUGAUAACUCCAACCUCAGUGCCUCUCCUUCCAGGCCUCCUCUGGAACGCACCCUCUUGAAAACAGAUGCCUAUGAGCUUGGCAAGACUCAGAAGUUUCCAGAAGAAAUGGCACUUAAUUCCCCAUCAAGGAGAAGUCAUCAUGGCAGCUCUUUUGGGGGUUCCAUGGGCAGCAGUCAUAGCCCCUCGUUUGUAGACCAUGUUCCAAAUUUUUCCAGCAUUGAGGCUGAGACCUUACCAGAAUCCUCCUUUAUAGAGAACCUGGGCCACCCUAAGGAAGGUGUUGACAAGGUGGUUGCCACUGCUGGCAGAGCCAGAACAACUCAGUGUUUUCCUUUAGCCACUGUUAAACCAAAGGAGAAGCUUCUGGAACCAAGCGGGGCAAUGGAAACAUCUCACACCCUGAGGCAAGUUGGCUACCAGCAGCUGGAAAAGGUGUGGAAGCUGAAAACAGAUGUUCCUCAUGGACUGCCAUCCAAAUUCAAAAGGCAGUCCAGGUCCCUGAGCCCACAGGAGAGAGCUGCCUGGAAAAGGGCAGGAGAGUCCAGUUUGAGCAAGCCUGUCCAAGAAAGUAGUCCAGUAAACCUGGCAACAACUGACACCUUGCAGUAUGGCCGAGGGCAGCUCAACUACCCGCUUCCAGAUCUGUCCAAAGUGGAGCCUCGAGUGAAGUUUCCAAAGAACGCACAAAGCUACCAUCCACCCCGGGGGAAGACCCCCCCAGCGAGGACCAAUGAAUCUGGGAAGCCAGUGGUCUUCAAGUCUCCUGCUGAGAUUGUCCGCGAGGUGCUGUUGAGCAGUGGGGAAGGGUCUGUGCAGAAAUGUCAAGACCCCACCAUUUCUGUCAUUCCUGAAGAACUCAAAUCCCCAAGACAAGCUACAGUGCUGGUGCAUCAACUUCAGGAGGACUACCACAAACUGCUGACAAAGUAUGCUGAAGCUGAGAACACCAUUGACCGGCUACGGCUGGGUGCAAAGGUGCGGCUGUACUAUGACCCUCCAAAACCCAGCCAUGGGGUCCAAAUGGGGACUGUGGCUCAGGCCUCCAAGGUCAUAACCUUCAGCAUCCCUCAGGCCAGGACAGCUGAGGUCACAGGGAGCUCUAGCUCAGCACUGGAUGCUGCUUGGAAUGAAGGAUUUUCUGGCCCUCAAGCAGCCUCCUUUCCUCUUCCCAACUCCAUGGGUUUGGGCAAUCCAGCAACAGAUGGCUUCACCUCCACAUCAACACCUUUUGCAGGAGAUCACUUGACGCACCUGUUGGCUUCCCAAGCUAGCAAAUUCCAGACUCAGGUGGAAAAUUUGGAGGAGCUAAUUCGAACAAGGAAGUUGCCACUUCAAGACCAGCUAAAGGGGUUCGCAAGACUAAAGGAGGCCCAGGAUGCCUUGGAGCAGACAUAUCUACAGGCUCGAGAUGAAUACAGGCAGUUGCAGAACCAUCAAGAACCUGCAGGGGCGCUAGGAGACUUUGAUUCUGAUCGAGCAGUGGAAGGACAGAUAUUCCAACUGGAGAUGCGCUUGGAGGAGCUGAAGGAAAGGAUUGACCAGGCAAUGUGGGACCAGCCAGUUGCACAGAGCAGCGUUGAGGCACCUGAUUCAUCUCCUGCCUGUUUUCCAGCUCAGGCAUCCGAGUCGCAGAUGAGGUCGCCGACUCCAUCUCUUCAAGCCCCAGUCCCGGCGGUCUGCACUCCAUACCCUAAGGCCCCCUUCCCCACGAAUGGCCGCAGCCAAGCCCAGCUGGACUUGGAAGUGAACUCCAUCAGUGAUGAGACUGGAGAAGAGGGAGAAAGCAGCCUUCCGGAACCACUCCGGCACAUGCAAGCCCAGGUGGAAACGGACUUUGAUCACCUCCUGGACCACUACAACAGCUUCAAAUCUUUGCCAGAGGCUCUGAGCUUGGAACAGCUGCACCUGGACAGUCAUUACUCACGCCCAGAUGAAGCAGACGGUACAGCCAUAACGGAUGUUGGGACAAAGGAAGGCUCCCACUGGGUGGUGUCUAAAGCUAGCAAGACCUCUUGCAGGCCUUCAACCUUGCAGCAGCCGCAACAGAUGGAACCUUCUGAGCAGCUUUUGAGGAAGCCCCAGCAGGAAGUACCUGACCAAACCAGCUGCUCACCAUCCACCCAGCAGGAGGAGGAGCCAGUUCCUCAGGGUUCAGUUGAACAAAAAUGUCCAUCGACUCCAGUUCCAAAGGCCUCAUCAUCUGGGACACGGCAGAAGCACCUUUCGCCACAGAGCAGCAUGGUCAGUGUGGCGGGCAGUGCUGCUUCUGAACACACAGCCAAGAAGUCCCUCCAGAAAACAAACACAGGAUUGCCUGAGAAUUUACGCCUUGUUUCCCCAGAGACAGACAGUGGAUUUGUGGGAUCAGAAGCCAGCAGGGUGUCCCCGUUGGCACAAAUGCCAAAGCACUAUACAUCCAAGUUUAGGUCCCACAGCAUGCUGGGAAAUUCAACCUCUGUUGAUGUAGACUUUGAAGCAGAAUCUCUAAGGAAAGCGCCUGUCACAUUGGAAACAGACAGGUCACCCAGGCACACACAAUCAGACAAUGGGAUGCAGAGACAAGUCCUUUCCAAAGGAAGACCUUUCCAGCUUAACUCCCCUACCAGGUGGACCAACAGCAUCGCCAGUGAGAUGGAGCCAGGCAUGGAUAGUGCUCACACAGACUCUGAGGCUGAGGCCCAGGCAGGACUUGAAACUUACAAUCCGCCUCUUGAUGAAGCAAGACAUUCUCCUAGCUCCUCUGCCGUUUCGCUGCCCCCAGACCAGACUCAUGACUACAGUCUCCUUGACACCCGCGUGCACCGAGCCCAGGCUAUCAGAGCUUUGCAGCAUGAAGUCUCUAAGCUUCGCCAAGUCCUGGAGAAGACCCUCCAGCAGCCUCAUGGUUAUCCAAAGCAGCCACCCUCCGCACAUACCUCAACACUCCAGAUGCCAAGACAGGACAGGACCCGCCUCCCCAGAAGUGCCAAUUCAGUAGGGUCCAACCACAUCCCCACCUCAUCUCGCAGCAAAACAUCCGGGAAGAGCGCAGCUGACCAUGACAGUCCAGCUCUGUUGAUCAAGCCAGAAGAGUGGAUAAAGAGAUCCCACCUGCAAGAUGGGAUCCAGCUGGAUCUCAGCCCUUCAGAGUCAGACUACUCACCACCAAAGCCAUGGAAAGGGAAACGUCAGGAAACCUCUGCUUCUAGGAAAGAAUCCCCAGAGCAGCCCAUCCUCUGGGGGCCCUACACUGGAACCCAGUAUUCUUUUUCAAGUCCCAAGUCGCAAGAACCAAAGACUCCCAAAAGCUCUGCCCCGUGCCCCUAUUGCCAAGAGGUCAAGUCACGGCUUGAAGAUGUACCCACAAGAAACCAAGAUGCCAGAGGCUACAAAGGCUGUGACUCCCCAAGGGAUUCAUUUGGACCCUUCUACCAAAGCACUCCGAAGAAGUCAGAAGCACCAAGCCAUCUGUUCAAGGAUACCAGGAACCCCAGGAGCAAAGUAGUUCAUGGGGUGGACCAUGGCGCAGGGGACAAAGCAGAGCAAGGUUCUGGACCACAGCAGAACUCCAGCGACCACCAUCAAUCACAGCAGCCUGGACUCUGGUAUCUGGCACUCCCAAGCCCUCCUGCCUCCAUCAACUAUGUCCCCAUGGUUCCCUAUCCUCCAACGUCUAUAAUCUAUUGUUCUCCACUUGCACCUCAGAUCUCCUCCCCUGCUGCUGUCCCUAGCGGGCCCCAGGCCACAGAGCUGAAAACCUCGGCUUCUCGGCACCAAAUGCAAGAGGGUUCCUGCUGUUCCAUGACUCUGGACUGCGCUGGUCUGCAGGACCUGAACAGGUCUCUGAGCCGUGCCAUAGUAGCUGCGAGAGACAUGAAGCUCACCACCAAGCGGAUCAGCCGGUCUCUGACUUCAGAUUUGAACAAAGGGAGGCACCAGCGGAGAUCCUGCCUCUUUUAGCAAGAGAGCCAAGUGGAUGGACAC